AUGCAACCAGGGCCAAGACGGGAAGCCCGCCAGUCGCGGAUGCCCCUACCGCAGAGUGCGUCCGCAGCCUCCCUGCGCUCCUCGCGGUCCUCCCGCGCCCCACGCAGCUCGCCCCUCACCCUCACGCUCCGCGUCGACACCGCGGACGUGCGCACGCUCGACUCGGAGUGCCGCGUCCGCGCGCUGUCGCCCGUGCGCUUCUGCGACUUGUGUGCGCUCGAUUGGCCUGCGCUUGGGCGCGUACCGGCGCGCGGGGUGCGGCAGUUCAGCGUGCUGGGCAGGGGCGACCGCGCCGCGCUCAAGGAGUCGGUCGGCCGCCGGUGUCCGGAGCUUGCCCCGCGGGGUGCUCUUUCUUUUGCGGGCGUUCUUUCGUCAGAGCACGUCCUCUUCACACCGGCUGUGCUGUCUAAGCUGGCGCACCCGACCCGAUCGUGCCUCGACUCUGCUACCGCGCGCUCGCCGCCCCAUUGCACGCGAUGCGCCUCCGCGAUGUCUAUGGCCAGUUCCAGUCGCUGGUGCUCGACGGUGGCGUACUCGCAAUCCAGCACUUUGGUUGCGCUGGACAUCUUCCAUAAGCUUUCAACUUGCGCAGAGCACGCCACCGUACGCUUAUGCCAGAUGCGGGCGGACUUUGUGUACGCCACCACUGGUGCUUUACUUGCUCGCACUGACAAGCGCUCCCUCACACAUCCCCAGGCACAAUCAAGGCGGAAAUGGCGGCGUCCUAAAGCUGCAUGCAACCGCGCGCCCGAUGUCCGGACGGCGUAUGGCAGCUUUGCCCGCGCCAGCCUCAAUGUGCGUCAGACCGGGCACGCUCGCACAGACGUAGCGCCAAGAUGGUUCUUUCGAGGCGUGCGGAAUUAUCAUUCACACCCGCGCGCCGCUUCGACCUCUCCCGAUCACAUCGCGCGGCGGGUAUCUUCACGGUGGUCCCUCAACAAUCGCGCGGCCGCUAAAUUGAUGGCGUAA